AUGGUUGUAAUAAAUGGCUACAGCUUCAAGUCGCAGCAAAUCCUCAGCAAUCAGCAGCACCCAGAUCCCCAACAGCAGCAGCAACAGAAUCUUUGCCUCUCUGCCGGAAUGACGGUCAAGACAAAGCGGGACUGGGACAUCAAUGACGCCAUCGUGCCGCAUGUGGCAGACCUGGAGUUCGACGAGUUCAGCGAGUGGAGCGACGGGCAUGUGCGGCACAUCUACGCGCUGCACAACGAGGAGGCCAAGAAGCACAUCUCCGGCUGGGCGAUGCGCAACACCAACAACCACAACGUGAACAUCCUCAAGAAGAGCUGCCUGGGGGUCCUGGUGUGCUCGCAGCACUGCGUCCUGCCCAACGGGUCGAGGAUCAACCUGCGGCCCGCGAUCUGCGACAAGGCGCGCCGCAAGCAGGAGGGCAAGCAGUGCCCCAACAAGAGCUGCCGGGGCGGCAGGCUGGAGAUCAAGCCCUGCCGCGGCCACUGCGGCUACCCCGUGACCCACUUCUGGCGCCACUCGGGGAACGCCAUCUUCUUCCAGGCCAAGGGCGUCCACGAUCACCUGCGGCCAGACCCCAAGAACUCGAGUGUCUCGAAGCGAGCCUUCGGCAGGAUUCCGCUCGGAGGGAAGGCCUCUGUGGGGACCGCGAAUCCCAAGAAGUCCGUCAUCGCCGGACUGGUGAAGCAAGUGAAGCAGCAGCAGAAUCUCAUGGGAAAGGGCAUCAAGGGGCAUCGUCCGGCGGUGGCCAGCAAUCCCUUGAGCCAUUCUGCCGCCUCUGCUCUGGACAUUUAUCCGUUCAAUGGCUGCGGCAAGUGCCACACCACCUACAGCCACUGCACCUGCCACAGCUACCUGGAGGGGGGCCAAUCCUCGAGCUACGCGAGCAACGGCGUGGCGGGGGGCUGGCCGCUGAACGGGGCGGAGGCCACGAUGGGCAAUCACUGCGAGAGCUCCGCGAAUGUGUUCACGGUGAACCACCAGCACAUCACCUACAACUAUCCCACCAUCUACCAUGCCACGCCGGCGGCCGCCACUGCCCCCAGCAAGUCCCCGGGCCUCCCGUACGCCUGCAUCUCGGAGCUGGCGGCAGCCUCCUACCAGCAGCAGCAGCAGCAAUCCUCCAGCGGCGGCUACAGCAACGCCAUGUGCCACCAGGGGCCAGCUGCCACGGGGUGUGGCAUCCCCUACGAGUCGAGUCCCCAGUUGGCGACGCCGGAGCCCGAGUUCAUCAACUACUCGCAGAUCAAGCAGCACCUCGGGGGCAGCAUCCAGGAGGAGCUUUGCAAGGGGGAGGGACAGGGGCAGGGGCAGGGGCAGCCAACCGUCAAGUAUAACGCCACCGUGGAGACGCAGCCGCUGGCGUACGCGGAGGAGAACUACGACUACUACUACAGCAGCCAUCGGGAGGCGAAGGGACUCGUCCAGGACUACGAUCUGCAGCAGCACCAUCCCCACGGGCAUCCGCACCAGCAGCAGUUCCCCGGAGGCGUCUCCGCUGCCGCUGGACACUUCUACGAGAGCGCCAACGGCUACAACGGCGUCAGCUACUUCGAUACGGGAACCACCGUGCCACCCGCCUCAGUGUCCGCCUCCACGGGGGCUGCAUCGAAUCCCGGCAUCGAUCCCGGCAGCGCUUCCGGCUAUGGAUCCUACUACGAUCACUAUUCCUCGUACGAACAGCAGAUGGCACAGGCCCAGAUCGCACAGCCGUCGAUCGGGGUGAUGCCCACAGUGGCAGUGGCGCCGCCGCCUCCGCCCCCACCGCCCACGCUCACGUACCAUCACCAUCAUCAUCACCAUUUGCACCAUUCAGCGGCGGCAGCUGCCACACAUGCGGCCCAUUGA